AUGUUAUGUGUAACAAUGAUGAGCAGUUUGUCCACAGUGUGUUACCUUCACAAACACAUGAAAAACAUCAGAAAACUGGGCAUUUCCAUCUCUGCAACACGACUUCGAAGUCAGAUGAGAGUCACCAUCACUGGCAUGUUCCAAGGAGUGCUCUUCUUUUUUUAUGGAUUACUUGAGUUAGCCAAAGAAUACUCUAUGAUUGUGGUCAUCUGUGAAUUGAUCACUGGUUUCACUGUGGACUGCAGCAUGGUUGGCUACGUGUGGCUGAAUUUCUACUACUACAUCCAGAUUGUGCCUGCUCAAUCUGCUCUGUUUCACUGGGUAAAAAGAAACAUUAAGUCUACCAUCUAUGUGCUUUUGGUGCUGAGCAGUUUCUCCACAGUGUGCUACCUUCACAAACACAUGAAAAACUUGGGGAAAAUGGGCACUUCCUUCUCUGCAACACGACUUCGGAGUCAGAUGAGAGUUACCAUCACUGGCAUAUUCCAAGGAGUUUUGUUCUUCCUCUUUGCCAGUUAUGCACUAUGUGAAGUUUUUGUUGCUGAGUACUCUGGGAAGUAUAUUGACAAAUAUAUCUGGUUUAGCAUCAGUACUUUCUUCAUAUCUGGGACCACUGUCACUCUUGGGAUCGGCCAGAAUGUGUUCAGACAAAGAAUAAUAGAUAUGUACAAAGCACUCAAGCAUGUGAGCAUCUGUCAAAAAACUGAAUAA